AUGAUGACUCCAGAAAUCCCCCCAGAUGCUGUUCAGGACCAAAGCCUUUGCAGUUUACCACCACUGGAGAGACGUUCUCUUGUGGGGGUCUUUGUGGAAUUUAUCGUCUCUCCUAGCCAGUUCUACAUCCACAUCUGCAGCAGUUUAUCAUCUGAUAUACUGCAGGACAUGAUGAUUGAGAUGAGACACUGUUACUCGUACAAACUUGUUUCUGAUCGUUAUAUCAUGCCUGAGUCUUCAGUAAAGCCCGGACAGCUUUGCUGUGUAACCGUCUUGAAUUGGUGGUACCGCGUUGUCAUCCACCGUGUGAUCAAUGACCAAGAAGUAGAGGUGUUCUUCCCAGAUUAUGGAAACCUCAAAGUUGUCCGAAAGUCUGGGCUGAGAUUCCUCAAAUGGUGCUACUUGAAGCUCCCUGCUCAGGCCAUUCCAUGUUCCUUGGCAUGGGUAAAACCUGUGGAGGGUACAUGGUCCGAUGCAGCAGUUCUCCUAUUCAGAAAGCUGUGUGGCUCCAAGAUACUUGUGGGCAUUGUGGAUGAAUACGUGAAAGGCAUUUUGCAUCUCUUUCUGUGUGACACGUCCACUGAGGAGGAUAUCUACAUGCACUGUGUCUUGAGGGAUAAGGGCUAUGCUGACAUCUGCGAAGAGAACCUGCCUUCCAAG